AUGCCUGCAGCCAUCGCAUCCUCCUCUUUGCCCGCAUCGAACGGCACAGCCAAAGUGUCGGCCCCUGCUGCUGCUUCGUCUUCGUCAACUUCAGCGACGUGGCGAGAGAAGGCUGCAGCUAAGGUGCGAUCUCGACUCACCAGCAUCCCUUCGGCAUGGCAUCUUCCCUCAUCGAUUCUGGACCACAUCGACGAGAACAGCGGAAGCGAUGUGCGCUCAAUCCCAGCUUCGUGCGGCAUCUUGAGCGCAGACGAGCUCAAGAUCACCGAGACACCAGCAGCCGGCCUACUUGCCAAGCUGCAGUCUCGCGAAUGGACGUCGGAAGCUGUCACCACGGCGUUCUGCAAGCGUGCCGCUAUCGCGCAUCAGCUCACAAACUGUCUCACCGAGAUCUUCUUUGACGAGGCCAUCGCACAAGCAAGGCAGCUCGACGAGCAGUACCAGAUCACCCGCCAACACGUCGGCCCGCUCGCUGGCCUACCCAUCAGUCUCAAAGACAACUUCAACCUCAAGGGCAAAAGUUCGAACCUCGGCUUUGUCGCGUGGAUCGUCGACGCCUCGGACCACGACUCGGCGCUGGUGAAGCUCUUGCGCGAGCAGGGAAGUGUGCUGUACUGCAAGACUGCGACUCCCACUGCCAUGAUGAUCGCCGAGACGGUUUCGAACGCAAACGGACGUACCCUCCACCCGGCCAACACAAGAUUGACACCAGGCGGAAGCUCGGGAGGUGAAUCGGCGCUGCUUGCGAUGCGAGGCAGUCCGCUGGGCAUUGGCACCGACAUCGGGGGCAGCAUCCGCAUUCCGUGUUCUUUCGCGGGUCUGUGGGGCCUCAAGCCCUCGUUCGGCCGCUUCCCGACUGCGCAGUGCAAGAGCGGGCUGGCAGGCCAAGAGGCCGUACUGUCCAUCAACGGACCCAUGUGCAACGACUUUGAGGGGCUCGAAAUCUAUGCAAAGACGGUGGUGGAUGCGGAGCCAUGGCAUUCCGAUCCCAAGUGCCUUCCUAUCCCCUGGACGCCAGUCUCUACGGCUGCGGCAUCGCUCCCUGCUUCGCUCACCUUGCUCAUGUUGACCGACAAUGGCAUUUGCACGCCUACGCCACCACUGCAGCGAGCUAUGAGGCAUGCUGUCGCCAAGCUGCGUGCUGCGGGACACAAGGUGAUCGAGUGGGACGCCUCGAGCAACGCCGCAGAUGCGGAUCUAUUCGCGCGCGGACUGAGCCACAUCGAGACUUUCUUCCGUGCCGAAGGAGGCGCCACUGUGCACUCGAUAAUGGAAUCUUCUGGCGAGCACAUCGAUUGGGUGAAAGGUCUUUCCGAGACCGACCCAAGCCGUGAGCUGAGCGUCAAGAACAUGUGGCAGUCGCAGGCCAAACGUUCUGCGUGGCAGACCGAGUUGCUCUCGCGCAUCCAGCAACUGGUAGGGGGCAAGCACUUUGAUGCUAUCGUGUCGCCCGUAGCCGCCGAAGUGACGACGACGCACGAUGCGUACCACCACAUCUUUUACACUGGCUGCUGGAAUCUCAUGGACAUGCCGGCUGUUGUCAUGCCACUCCGUGGCGUGACCGUCGACAAGAGCCUAGAUGCGGCUCCGACUGGUUUCCAGGCCAAGAACGAGAGCGAUAGAAAGGUCUGGAACCAGUACAAGCCGGAAGAGGUCGACGGCCUGCCGAUCUGCUUGCAGGUGGUAGGUCAGAGGCUGCGAGAGGAAAACACGUUAGCGGUAGCCAAGAAGCUCCACGAUGAUUGUGUCUAG